UGAAACUUCGCGCGAUGGAAUAUGGAGACUUCUGCAGUGGACGAUGAACCUCUUGAGUUUCCCCUCUUUUCAAUUGUACGUCUGCGACUCUAAAGGGCAGGGAUGCACAACUAGACGCACAAGACAACCGAUCAUAAGGGUCAUCAGCUUCAUCAUCUCGCUAGCCCGGACACCAACUGCAGGUUGAACUAGACCCUGAACUGGCACCUGCUACCCCACGUCUAGCUCCCUUGGUACCUAUCUAUCUGUGUCUUCUCCGCAUCUGGUGUGUUGACCCCAUCUUCGAGUUGGCUUGCCUUGUUCACGAUUGAGGUUGCAUGCUCUCUAUAUCUUGAUUAGGUUUAUGAAAUAGUGCGUAUUCACUCACUUCGUUCAACCACGCCCGCUUCAUAGUCGUACUGGACUAUUCACCGAACUCAGGAAAGAUGUUCUUGAAACUAGUUUGUGAUCCGCCUCUCGGCCAAAUCACUGUCGUGUCAGAAGGAACGAAGGCUCUCUUCACCGUGCUCGUCGAGACUGCUGCCGAUUCCGACAAAGACUGGAGCGUUGAUCUAUGGCAUGACCACACUUUAAAACAAUGGGAGAGCUUGCCGUUUCAACAAUCUAGGGAUGCUGAUAUUACAGACAUCAACAAAGCCACGGACAGGAAGACGACUAGACGUCAAUUGUUUACCUUGACCUUGGACAAGCAGAUGUCAGCUUUCUCGUUCACUAUCCGGCUCCGUUCGAGUGCAAACGAUUCCUGGAAAUGGGCCCGCGAUCUAUUUGGCAUCGCUGAUGGAACACUGCUAUUUCAACCGAAAACGAUUCCUAAGCAGAAGUUGGAUUACUUCUUCCAGGGUAUUAGUCCCGAAUUUACAAUCUCGAACGAGAGCAGCGAAACUCCCGAUACAUUACUCUGGUACCUUACUGUUCCCGCCGAUGCGGCCCCUGGAGAAGCUUCUAGCUAUACACGCCACACUCUGGGUACCCCAACGCACCUGAAGCGAUGGUUCUCACUUGUCCGUAUUUGGAGCCCCUGGCUGGCACCUAGGCAGGGAACUGAUCAUUUCGAUGUUGAUAAAGACUCAGUCCUAUCGUCAUUCCUGCGCGAAGACGGUUAUCAUGUCGUAGUCCUUGCAAUCAGUGGAACAGACGAUGUACUCACUAUUAUUCAUCACGAUGGGGACGGAAACGUUGUCAUUCAGGGGCAGAACGAUGCUGUCAACCAGAGCGAGUCCAAGGUUGUGGUAGCUGUAGGACACACGUUUGAGCUAGCCAAUUCCGCUGCAAUGUAUCAUGCCAGGAAAGUCUCAAUGCAGUAUGAGGUCAUGAGUGAAGCAAUGCAAAAAGAAGUCAAAGCUCUCGAGGAAGCCGGGCCCGAACCACAGUGGCUUCAAGAAUGGUACGAUGGGCUGACAUACUGUACUUGGAAUGGCCUCGGCCAGAAGCUCCACCAGGAUCGUAUAUUCGAAGCCUUAGAAUCACUAAGAAGCAGUGGAAUUACCAUCACGAAUCUUAUUAUUGACGAUAAUUGGCAAAGUUUGGGAGACAAUCAAGGCGGCGAGUAUACUCCUGGACUGGACCAGUUUCGAGCGGGUUGGAUGGAGUUUGAGGCUAUCAAAGAGGGUUUCCCGCAAGGACUCAAAUACUGCACCUCGAAGAUUCGCAAGGACAACCCGAAUAUCAAGCAUAUCGCAGUGUGGCAUGCCCUUUUGGGUUACUGGGGUGGGAUCGCGCCCCACGGCAAGAUCGCUAAAGAAUAUGGCAUCACUCAGGUCCAUAUGCGAGAUGGUGUUGCAGGCGGGAACAAAUACGUUGUUCCCGCCGACCAGGCCAGUCGCAUGUAUGCCGAUUUCUACUCAUUCCUGUCUCAAAGUGGAGUCGACAGUGUAAAAACAGAUGCUCAGUUCAUGGUUGAUGAAAUCGACCAAGCUCCUGCUCGAAGGAGUCUCAUAAAAGAGUAUCAAGACAGUUGGAGCAUUGCCAAUAUGCGUUACCUUGGAGCUAAGGCAAUCAGCUGUAUGAGUCUUACGCCUCAGAUGCUGUUCCACAGCCAACUACCGAACAACAAGCCACGACUACUUCUGAGGAACUCUGAUGACUUCUUCCCUGAGAUUCCGGCAUCUCACCCGUGGCAUAUAUUUUGCAAUGCACACGUUUCCCUACUGACACAACACCUAAAUACACUCCCGGACUGGGAUAUGUUCCAAACUGUUCAUGACUUCUCUGCCUUUCAUGCAGCGGCACGAUGUGUAUCAGGCGGGCCAAUUUACAUCACCGACGAGCCUGGAAAACACGACAUCAAGCUGAUCGACCAGAUGACGGCGAAGAAUCCACGUGGCGAUACGAUCAUUUUACGUCCAAGCACUGUAGGCAAGAGUACCAACGCUUAUACAUCCUACGAUGAGCAUGUACUUCUCAAAGUAAGCAGCUAUAAUGGGGGAGCCCAAACAGGCACCAGCAUCCUGGGCAUAUUCAAUACGACGUCCGCCGAUUUGACGGAGCACAUCAAGCUAAGCCAAUUCCCUGGGGCAGAGACUGGAACAUACAUCAUCCGAUCAUACACAAGCGGCAGUAUAGCGCCUCCUCUAUCGGUUGCCUCGGAAGCUACAAACAGGAAUCCUCUGUACGUAUCGUUGAAUAGCCAUGCCUGGGAUAUUCUGUCCGCAGUACCAGUACAAUCUUUCACCCUACGCCGCAAAGGCUCGGGAUCUGGACCAGCGGACAUCUCGAUCGCAAAUCUAGGCUUGCUGGACAAGAUGACAGGAUCUGCAGCGAUCGUCAACACCAUGGCAAGUAUCGAGACUGGGUCUGGACGAUUGCGUGUCUACUCGAGUCUGAAGGCACUGGGCAUAUUUGGGCUUUACGUGAGCGGCCUGGGGAAGAGGAACGUAAUCGACGAUUUCUUUGCAGUUCUGUUUGGUGUACCUGUGGAUCCGCGGUUUGUUAAGACAGAUAUCAAUGACAAUGGCGAUGGUGUACUGGAAAUUGACGUCGCCGCAGCCUACAAAGACAGUGGAAAGGAUGUGGGUUGGAGCAACGAGAUCGGAAUCGAGGUCAUCGUCAGAUAGAUCCUGGAUUGGACAUUUGUCAAAAGACACGUUACUAGGUAGCUCACAUGCGAGCAAUCUUCGUGCAAUUGCCUGAUUUAUCCCCUCCUCACUCUCUGAGAUACACACAUACACCCAGACCAUAUUUCUCUACCUUGACGAU